AUGGCACUUUUAGGGGGUUCCAGCAGCACUGCCAGGGGCUUUGGCGUCCUCAGGGUGGUGGCACCCCCAGAGAAUCAGCUAGGAGCGGUGGCUCCCUCAGGGGCCGUCCCACGAGUGUUGGCACCCUCAGGGUCCUUCCAGGGGUGCAUCCCCAGAGGAUCAUCCUGGGGCCCUACCACUGGCUGUGGCAACCCCAGGGGCCGUGAUGCCCUCAGGGGCCCUCUCAGGGGCGGUGGCACCCACAUGGGCUCUCUCAGGGGCCUUGCCAGGGGCGGUGGCACCCCCAAGGACCCACCCAAGGGCGGUGGCAUUCCCAGGGGCCCUCCGAGGGACGGUGAUACGCCCAGGAGUCCUCCCAAGGGCGUUGGCUCCACAGGGAACUCUCAGAGGCUGUGGCUCCGCUGUGGUCUCUACCGGGGGAUGGCACCCCCAGUGGUCUUGCAGGGGGGUGGCACCCCCCUGGGUACUUCCCAGGAGCAUUUGUACUCCCUUUGGCCCUCCCAGGGGCGGUGGAACAUCCAGGAACCGUUCCAGGGACGGAGACACCACCACGGGCCUUUCCAGGGGUGUCGCCGCCCGCAGGGGCCCUUCCAGAGUUGA